AUGGGUUUCUUCGACAGCUGGAGCGAUCUUGUAUCGGCUGCUACACCAUGGAGUCAGGCAGAGGCUGAGGCCGUUUCUGGAGGUUCGAGUACGGAGAAGACUCCUGCGCAAAAGGAUGACGGUGGAGAGGGUGAGGCAAAGGAUCCAUCCGGAGCCACUCCAGACAAGAGAGCAGCCAAGGACGCUGAAGAGGAAGAGUCAAAGGAUGAGGAGCCUGAAGAGGAAGAGGAAGAGGAAGAAGAGGAAGAAGAAGAGAUGGUUGAUCCAAAAGAUAAGAUUGAAGAGGAAUGUAAGGAAUCAGCAGCUUGUGCUCCUUCUAAGCACCACUACGACGAGUGUGUUGAGCGAGUUACAAGUGGCAAGGAACAAACCCCAGGCGAGGACUGUGUUGAAGAGUUCUUCCAUCUCGCACACUGCGCCACUGCCUGCGCUGCCCCUAAGCUCUGGAACACUCUCAAGUAA